CUAAUGUCAAUGUCAAAAUAUUUCGUGCUCUGUGGUCAAAAUAAGAAAUUAUUUGUCGAAUGCUUGGUUGUUGGUGAACCAAAAGAAGUUUCUUUCAUAAAAUUAUUUUGUAAAGUGGUUUAAAUGAAUAUAUCAAUGGUGGCCAACGCGCCAGACACGCCUGUACAGGCUGAAGUCAUCUUUGUCAUAGAAGCCACAGCAGCCAAUGGGGCCUACAUCAGUGAACUUAAAACGAAUUACAUUGUACCCACACUGGAAUAUUUCCAUGGAGGUGCGCUAGAGGAAGGCGGUGGCAGUGGUUCCAUGUACGCUGUAGUGACAUACAAGUCAGCAGAUUGCCACCCCGGCCUUCCGGUUGACACGUUUGGACCGUUCACAUGCCCCCAAGAAGUUUUACAAUGUGUAGAUAACAUCGAGUUCAUUACGGGACACGCUGAAAAUCGAGCGUGUGUGACAGAGGCUCUGUCAACGGCUCUGGCGUGCUUGGACGAGCUCGGUCGCACCGACAUCCCUCUGCACAUCCUGCUGCUGUGUUGCUCGCCGCCGUACUCGGCGUAUGCCGGCGGGCUGGUGCCUCCAGGGGCGCCAGCCACAGUCGAGCAAGCCGCGCGUCUGUUAGCUGAACGCGGCGUACACUUAUCGAUAGCGGCGUCCAAGCGCAUCACAGCACUGACGGCGCUAUACGAGUUAGCCGGGGGAGAACUAUUAGCGGCGCAACAAAGGAACUAUGCUAAGGACCCGCGCCACCUAGUCCUGCUUCGCGGAUACAGUUUGAAGGAACGACCGCCAAGCCCUGCGCCGCCGCCCGUGCCAGACAUACAGGGGGAUGUGUACCCGCAAGGCAGGACCGGCACCCAAGUGGUGCGCCCCCCCGCGCCGCUAUUCCCCCGCGGCGCCCCUCGCGCGCCCAACUGGCCCGCGCCCGCGCGCCAGCCCAUAUACACCAACAACUCGGCGCUACUCACGCAGCUCGCACAGCCGUCCUACCCGCCGCCCCCGCCACAGCAGGGUGCCAUGGGUAGUCGCAUGGGCAUCCUAAGCCCGGGCCCGUCCACGUCACCGGCGCCGACGCCGCAGCGCAGUUUCGUCUGGAGCGGCGUGCUGGAGUGGAUGGAGAAGGGCAAGGCGCCCGGCGACCAGCAGAAGACCACGCGCCAUCUGCCGUGCCAGGUGUCGGCGGGCUCCAAAGAAGUGGAGCCGGAACUGAAGGUGGACACAUGGCCCAACAAGCUGCUGAUGCAGCUGAUGCCCAAGCAGCUGAUCAGCAACAUCGGCGGCCAGUACCUCAAGGACAGCAAGUCCGUGCUGUUCCACCUGCAGCCGAGCGAGGCGCUGGACGCGCUCACCAAGGUCAUGGUCAACGGGUUUGCGGGCUGUGUGCACUUUUCGCUGAUGUCGUCACCACCGCAGUGCGACAUCAAAGUGCUGAUCCUGCUAUACACGCCCGACAAGAAGGUGUACCUGGGCUUCAUCCCCAAUAACCAGGCCACGUUCGUGGACAGACUUAGGAAGGUAAUACAGCAGCAGAAGAUAACACAGAUCAUAAACAAACAGCUACCUGCGGCUGCGAGUGGGUCAGGAGGCAUGCCUUCGAACAUGCCCACCUCUACGAUGGCCGGUGCGAUGCCCGGCGGCGGUAUGCCGGCCGGCUCCAUGGCGGGCGGCAGCAUGGCGCCGCUGCAGCAGCUGCCGGCGCAGGGCAUGAGCACGCAGCAUCAGCACCCGCAGCACCAGCAGGGCAUGAUGAUAGGAGGAGGAAUGGGCGGCCAAGUGCAACAAGUUGCCGGCAAGGGCCCGAGGCCGGUGGCCCAGUUGGACGGGCUGGACGCGGCUCGCCAGCAGAACCUGGAGAAGAUACAGCACCUCCAGCAGAGCUUGGAGGCGGCGCACCAGCAGCAGUUCAAGUCGCAGAUGGACAUCAUGCAGCACCUGCACGCGGCCCAGCAGCAGGAGCAGCACUACAAGCAGCUGGAGGAGCAACGUAAGCAUCAACUGCAGCAGCAGCUACAGCAGCAGUUACGCGGCGGCGCACAGCACCAGCCGCGCCUGCUGCGGCCCAUGCUGCCCUCCAACCCCGGCCUCAGGCACCUGCUGCAGCAGCAACCCCAACAAUACCGUCCGGGCGGCGCGGCCGCGCGUCCCACAACCCAAACCCAGCAAUUCGACGAUGUGCCCAGCUACAACGACUUCCUCUAACAGUUACAACCGGACUUCUUCUCCUCGCUGUGUGACUUGCCUAGCGAUGAGCGGUUCAUGGACUAAAGUGACGUUUAACGCCACUGAAGUGUAUUAUAUGGCAAUGUAAAUAGGUAGGUAGGGAUGGCGAAUCGAAUGUUGCACCUUAUGCUGCUUGUGCAGUCCGCGUCAAAUGGUUCACAACGCCCAAAGUGGCCAAAAAGUUAACAACACAACCUUAUUUUAAUAGACUAUUUGACACCAUUCCCCAAUAAUUCGAAAUCACAACUUUUUUUAAAAGACA